AUGCCGCCGCCUACACCUCUUUCUCACAGGGAUAUGGCCUCAGAUGGCCCGCGAUGUUACGUAGGAGUGUGCACCUUUCAGAAUCAAGGAAAGAAUGCUGAGAACCAGGAUUCCUACAUCGCCACUGAAAAUGGCACAAAGAGCUUGGUGGCUGUUCUGGAUGGCAAGAGAGUCUCAGAGUUUGCCCGUUCGCAGUUGGCCAAGAACCUCUAUGCCAGCAAGGAUCUCUAUACCAAGCCUGCCGUGGCGAUGGAGAAUUCCUUUGCAGAGACACAACGUAGCAUUGAGCGAAGCCAUGCCAUCGAUGCACAGCGUUCGGGGACGACGGCCGGAAGUUUGUUGAAAUGGACGGGUGGACUGUACACUCCAGACUUUAGCCUAGCGACCUAA